AUGGCCGAUGGAGAGGAUAUCCAACCCCUUGUUGUUGACAAUGGUACUGGGAUGGUUAAGGCUGGCUUUGCUGGUGAUGAUGCCCCAAGGGCAGUUUUCCCAAGCAUUGUUGGACGACCCCGGCAUACGGGUGUUAUGGUUGGAAUGGGGCAAAAGGAUGCUUAUGUAGGUGAUGAGGCUCAAUCAAAAAGAGGUAUUCUGACUCUAAAGUACCCGAUUGAGCAUGGGAUAGUCAGCAACUGGGAUGACAUGGAGAAAAUCUGGCACCACACUUUCUACAAUGAGCUCCGUGUGGCUCCUGAGGAGCAUCCUGUUCUGCUUACAGAGGCACCUCUCAACCCAAAGGCUAACAGGGAGAAAAUGACUCAGAUCAUGUUUGAAACUUUCAAUGUUCCGGCAAUGUAUGUUGCCAUACAGGCUGUCCUAUCACUGUAUGCCAGUGGGCGUACAACUGGUAUCGUGCUCGAUUCUGGUGAUGGGGUGAGCCACACUGUCCCUAUUUAUGAGGGUUACGCACUCCCACAUGCCAUCUUGCGUCUGGACCUCGCUGGCCGUGAUCUCACUGAUUAUCUCAUGAAGAUCCUGACCGAAAGAGGUUACAUGUUCACGACAAGUGCCGAACGGGAAAUUGUACGUGACGUGAAGGAGAAACUUGCAUAUGUUGCCAUUGAUUUCGAUCAGGAAGUCGAGACUGCUAAGAACAGCUCGGCUGUGGAGAAAAACUAUGAGCUUCCUGAUGGACAGAUCAUUACCAUAGGCGCUGAGAGGUUCCGCUGUCCAGAAGUGUUGUUCCAGCCAUCGCUGGUCGGGAUGGAAGCUGCGGGAAUUCACGAGACCACUUAUAAUUCCAUUAUGAAGUGUGAUGUGGAUAUAAGGAAGGAUCUUUAUGGAAAUAUUGUGCUCAGUGGCGGGUCCACCAUGUUCCCCGGGAUUGCAGAUCGUAUGAGCAAGGAGAUUACUGCUCUUGCUCCCAGCAGUAUGAAGAUUAAGGUGGUGGCUCCACCUGAGAGAAAGUACAGUGUCUGGAUCGGAGGAUCUAUCCUAGCUUCUCUCAGUACUUUCCAGCAGAUGUGGAUCGCAAAGGGAGAGUAUGAUGAAUCUGGUCCAGCAAUUGUUCACAGGAAAUUGGGCCUUUACCAUCUUGGUCCAGCAAGCUUGUCAACCUCGGUUCUCUGGCCCGUCAUCCUGUACGCCACGGCCCAACUCCAUAAUCAGAAGAAAAAAAAAAACUUCGCCCGUCAAUGGCGAAAACCAAAAUUGCCCAAGAUCCUCGGAAAAAAACGGCGAACGAAAGCGAAGAAUCACUCGCGAUCCUCGAAAAAACCGGCGAAAGAAGGAGAUGAAACACCACGCCCGGCUUCUCCACCAAGUACGUCCCCUUCAACACCGUCCUCCACUGAGUCCUACUCCCUCGACGAGAUCGUCCAUCGAGCCGUUCCCGCGACCAUUUCCCGACGAGUUUUGACCUUUUCGACACCCAAUCGCAACGCGAUCCUCAACUCCAGUCGAUCUGCAAACCUCGACAGCCGGCGACCUCACCUUCGAGCUCUAUUCGGCGACCUUCGACGGGCCCCGACCUCUAAUGGGCUGCGACCUUCGCAAGCCGACCGCUGCCCACCCCGUUGCCAGAUGCCCUACGCGGGUGCGAGAAGAAGAAAAUUGAAAUAUCAGAUUUGA